UCCGGGCAGCAGAAGCCCGAGCACGACCCGGUUUAACGCGAGUUUGAUGCUGAGGGAGCGCGCGCGGGGGAAAUCUGCCUGAAUUAAAGUGAUAUAAGUUCAAUUUUAGGACUUUAGGAUCAUUCGACAGUAUUUUAGGGUCAUUGGACGGUAUUAUGGCCACAGACUCGUGGGCGCUGUGUGUUGAUGAACAGGAGGAGACUUGCGGAACGAUGGAAACGCUGCAGAUCAGCAGGAGACCGGCUGUGACCAGUGUUUUGGCAAAAUCUGGAAAAGACCAGAAUAAAUCUGACGAAGAAGAAGAAGAAGAAGAGGACAAAGCUGCACAAUCACUCCAUAAUAAAUUAAUCAGGAACAAGCUUGUGAACAACUCGUUCAAAGUGGAGAUUCUACAGAGGGAUCCGAAUUCACCGCUUUACUCCGUCAAGACGUUCGAGGAGCUGCAUCUAAAGCCUCAGCUGCUCCAUGGGGUUUACGCAAUGGGCUUCAACAGACCCUCCAAGAUCCAGGAGACGGCGCUGCCCAUGAUGCUGGCCGAGCCACCUCAGAACCUGAUCGCUCAGUCUCAGUCUGGAACAGGUAAAACCGCCGCUUUUGUUCUGGCGAUGCUGAGCAACGUCAACCCAGACAAUAAGUGGCCGCAGUGUUUGUGUAUCUCUCCCACCUACGAGCUCGCCCUGCAGACGGGGAAAGUGGUGGAGCAGAUGGGGCAGUUCUACCCGGAAGUGAAACUGGCGUACGCCAUUCGGGCCAAUAAAAUGCAGAAGGGCAGUAAGAUCCAGGCGCAGAUCGUCAUCGGCACGCCCGGCACCGUGCUGGACUGGUUCAACAAACUCAGGCUGAUGGACCCGAAGAUGAUCCGGGUGUUUGUGCUGGAUGAGGCUGACAUCAUGAUCGCCACAUCAGGCCAUCAGGACCAGAGCCUCAGGAUCCACAGAAUGCUGCCUAAAGACUGUCACAUGUUGCUCUUCUCCGCCACGUUCGAGGAGUCCGUGUGGAGUUUCGCUGAGCGAGUCGUUCCCGAUCCGAACAUCAUCAGACUGAAGAGGGAGGAGGAGACGCUGGACAACAUAAAGCAGUAUUACAUUUUCUGCAGAAACAAGGAGGACAAGUUCACGGCUGUGUGUAAUCUGUACGGGGCGAUGACUAUCGCUCAGGCCAUUAUCUUCUGCCACACUCGAAGGAUAGCAGCCUGGUUGGCAGGGCAGAUGUCUAAAGAGGGCCACCAGGUGGCGCUACUGAGCGGUGAGCUGGCAGUGGAACAGAGAGCAGCAGUAAUCGAGCGUUUUAGAGAAGGAAAAGAGAAAGUGCUGAUCGCAACAAAUGUUUGUUCAAGAGGCAUCGAUGUGGAGCAGGUUUCUGUGGUGAUUAACUUUGACCUGCCGCUGGAUAAAGAUGGAAAUCCGGAUAACGAGACGUAUCUGCACCGGAUCGGCCGGACCGGACGCUUCGGGAAACGGGGUCUCGCCAUCAACAUGGUGGAGAACGAGCACAGCGUCGAGGUUCUCAAAGCAAUCGAGAAGCAUUUCAAUAAAAUGAUAUCGAAGCUGGAUACUGACGAUCUGAAUGAACUUGAAAAAAUUGCGAACUGACCUGAUGAUCCAAACCCUGUUAUUUACAUGCAGUUCCAGUUAACCAAGCGCAUGUAGCGCUGUGUUUUUGUUUACAUUAUCUAAAAUUAGGUUGAUUAAACCUAGUUUUAUAAAAAGGUUAUUUAAGCUUGAGCUCACUGUUUGAUUCUCAGCUGAUAGUUAAGCUGAGUUUUUUCUCUUUGUGUUUUUACUGUGAAAAUGAAUAGAUUUUAUUUUGAUUUAUAAUAAUUUUGGGAGUUUAAAGUGUGUAUAAGCUAUUAUAGAGACAGACGAUGUGCCUAAACACUCAGGUCCACUAAAGCACUUCAGAAAGCUUCAGACACCAAAAACCAAAAUAUCAAAAAUAUGAAGCAGAUUUUGCACUUUAAGUAACCAGUUGAGGGACUCAGAUUUCCUGUGAUCUUACUGAACCCCUCCUCCAGCGUGGUGGAGUAUCGUUCAGUACCUGAAGUAGCUGCAGGUUUUGAUGGGCUUAAAUUGUUCAGAUGUUUAAAGUUUACAUUUCUUUUUGUUUAAUUGACCAAAUGUUGGUUUUGACUGAAAAGCUGCUUUUCUGAAACAGUAUAAAGCGUUUUUUGUUCAGAGGCUGAAGUUCAGCAGGUUUACACGGUAAAUACGGCCGGAUUCGCUGAAGUACUUGAAUAGUUAGAAAUGACUGUUAGUUUGAUUAGUUUGAAGGAAAGCUGCAGUAUUAUUGAGCUUUGUUAUAAAGUGUGCAGUUUGAAUUGUUUGAGAAAACUGUUGGAGUGCAAUAGCUAUUGUUUUUUUUUUCCUCAUCUUGACAUUUGCAAUAAAACACUCGAACACA